GGAAAUUCGAAGCUGUUUUAGUAUGCUGUGACUUUUUAGUUUGGUGCGUUAUGUUAAAUGCACUGUUUGUAUUUGACUUUGAGAGGGGAAGACUCAGGUUUUACAAAUUUGAAAGAUGAGUACGUUGAAAAAACAAGAGUCCUCCUCUCGGGGUGAUUACAGGAGAUCCCUCUCGGACCCAGCUCACAGUGGCAGGAAUCCCACCAGUCUGAAUGCUUACCAGUGGCGCACACCCUCAAAAUGGAAAAUAUACAAGCGGGUCCACUCGGAGCCUUUCAAACCAACAAAUGCUUAUAAAUGGCACUCAGCCUCAAAUUUUUCAUGGAACGUUAGCAAGAGGAUUUUUUCUGACAUGAAUAACACCAGGUCAGAAGACCAGGAUCAGCCAAGACAGGCAAAGCACAACCUUAAAUGCACUGGAUCAGAUGUUGUCCCAGAGCAGCACCCUGCCCAGGUGAUGCAAGCAAAUACCAAAUUGGCAACAAUCCCUUACCAUCGAUCCAUCUCUGAACCUGGCUGUUCUUCACACAUAGCAAAACCACCUUUGAGACAAGCUCACUCAGAUGCUGAACAGAGAAAUGAUUUUAUACGUGGCUUCUUCACUACAGUAUCGAAUCGGCUUUCAAGGUUUUUGAGGUAUAAAGAAGAGCCAGAUGUGGAUUCAGUGCAUGAAGAUGUGAAAGGCCCUCCAACACACAGACUGUCAUGUGGCCAGUCCCCAUACACCGAAACAACCUGGGAUCAGAAAUAUUGCAUGCUGACUGACAGCCAGAUGAUCCUUCUGAACAAGGAAGAGGAGCUGAAUGUGGACAUGUUGCAGGACCAGCAGAUGGAGUCCUCAAAAGGGCGAAUGUUGCGGCGCACAGUCAGUGUUCCAUCUGAGGGACAGUUCCCAGACUAUCAGCAGGAUGGAAGCAGCAAGCUAGAGCCACCUGGAGAACGUUCGCCGCGGAGGAGGAGUAUUUCAGGCCCAGGAUCUUCUGAGAAAGCGAAUGGAAUGGAGGACUCCACAUCUCCAUUCAAGGGUUUUUUCAGCAAACGAUUAAAGGGCUCUAUCAAACGAACGAAGAGCCAACCGAAGCUUGAUCGUAACACCAGCUUCCGCCAGAUACUACCGUCACUGAGGAACCUGGAUAAUGACCGGUCCCGUGCUUUACCAAAAUUGAAAGAAUCUCGUUCCCAUGAGUCAUUGUUGAGUCCUGGAAGUGCGGUUGAGGCUUUGGAAUUAAGCAUGGAGCAGGAUGUCUUUGUUAAGCCUUUGCACAGUAGCAUCCUAGGGCAGGACUUCUGCUUUGAGGUUACAUACACGGGAGGUAGCAAAUGUUUCAGUUGUUCGUCUGUAGCGGAGAGAGAUAAGUGGAUGGAGAACCUGCGGAGAACAGUGCAGCCAAACAAGGACAAUUGUCGCCGUGCAGAAAAUGUACUCCGUCUUUGGAUUAUUGAAGCAAAAGACUUAGCCCCUAAAAAAAGGUAUUUUUGUGAACUGUGUCUAGAUGACACACUAUACGCACGAACUACCAGUAAAAUGAAAGCAGAUAACCUGUUCUGGGGUGAGCACUUUGAGUUUUACACUCUGCCAAUGGUCAGGAACAUCACGGUGCAUAUUUACAAGGACAUGGAUAAGAAGAAAAAGAAAGAUAAGAAUAAUUAUGUGGGACUGGUUAAUAUUCCGAUCACCAGCGUCAUUGGACGACAGUUUAUAGAGAAAUGGUACCCUGUCAGCACGCCUAACCCCAACAAGGGCAAAGGUGGAGGUCCUUACAUCCGCAUCAAAUGCCGCUAUCAAACAAUUGCCAUCCUUCCUAUGGAACAGUACAAGGAGUUUGCAGAGUUUGUCACCAACAACUACACCAUGUUAUGCUCUGUGCUGGAGCCAGUCAUCAGUGUGAAGAACAAAGAAGAGAUGGCCUGUGCCCUCGUUCAUAUCCUGCAGAGCACUGGUCGAGCAAAGGACUUCCUUACAGACUUGGUAAUGUCUGAGGUGGACCGAUGUGGGGAACAUGAUGUUCUUCUCUUCAGGGAAAACACCUUAGCAACAAAAGCCAUAGAGGAGUAUUUGAAGCUUGUUGGGCAGAAGUACCUCCACGAUGCCUUAGGAGAGUUCAUAAAGGCACUUUAUGAAUCAGAUGAAAAUUGCGAGGUGGACCAGAGUAAGUGUUCAUCCAAUGAACUACCAGAACAUCAGAGUAACCUCAAGAUGUGUUGUGAAUUGGCAUUCUGCAAAAUCAUCAACUCCUACUGUGUUUUUCCGCGCGAGCUAAAAGAAGUCUUCGCAUCGUGGAAACAGCAGUGUUUAAACCGUGGGAAGCAUGAUAUCAGCGAGCGCCUAAUCAGUGCCUCACUCUUCCUGCGUUUUCUCUGCCCUGCCAUUAUGUCACCUAGCCUCUUUGGCCUGAUGCAGGAGUACCCGGAUGAUCGGACAUCUCGUACGCUCACCCUCAUCGCCAAAGUCAUCCAGAAUCUUGCCAAUUUCACCAAGUUUGGGAACAAAGAGGAAUACAUGGCAUUUAUGAAUGAUUUUCUGGAACAUGAGUGGAGUGGGAUGAAACGUUUUCUGCUAGAAAUCUCAAACCCAGACACCAUUUCUAACACACCGGGGUUUGAAGGAUAUAUUGACCUGGGCCGUGAGCUCUCUGUCCUGCAUUCGUUGCUCUGGGAGGUGGUGUCACAGCUUGACAAGGGUGAAAAUUCAUUUCUACAGGCGACAGUAGCGAAACUUGGCCCACUCCCACGCAUCCUCAGCGAUAUCACCAAAUCACUAACUAGUCCCACACCAAUUCAGCAGCAGGUCCGGCGAUUUGGGGACCACGUCAACUCAUCCCCAAAUGUGAGUGGCAGUGUGUCAUCUGGACUGCAGCGGAUAUUCGAGGACCCCGGCGACAGUGAUGUGCAGAAAUUGCAGUCUCCAACUCAAGAGAAUGUUGAAGCAUUUUUCCACACUAAGCAGCACUUUCCAGGCCAACCGGCUUCAACACAGAGCGUGACUUACUCCGACAGGGAUGAAGAAGAGUCCAUCCUACAUAAUGGAAGGAGUGUAUCACUUGUGGAUCUGCAGACCACUGCAGUAACUCAAGCGACAAGUAGUGUUCCAGUUCUUCCCAGUGUGCCAGGACGGCAUACUGGCAGCCAGGCUUCUGUCACACAUACGGCAAGCAUCAAGCAACUCCGAGAGGUACAGAGCGGGGCGCAUAGUGCUCCUCAGAUCCGCAGGCCUCUACAUCCAGCUCUGAGCCAACAGAACAGCCUGCAACCUCUGUCUUUCCAAAACCCUGUUUACCAACUGAACAAUCCGCCAACAGGAAGCAGUAAAGCUGGCAUGGACUCUAGUUCUGAGAACCUAAGCUCCACAAGUUCCCGAAGCCACACCAAUAGUGAGGAGCUUAUCAGCAAACUGAGUGGCCCCAGCAAUAGUAGCAUUGAGGACUUUGCCAAACGCAGUGCAUACAGUGAUGAUUACUCCAAACGAAACACCAUGCCAGACAGGAGCAAUCUUCCAGUGGCAUUGCCUCGGCAGAAUAGCAUUGGGCAUUCACAGCUCCGCAGGACAGAGUUGUCAGCUUCCAGCAGCCGAGUGAAAGCACCUCAUUCAUUACCACUUAGUGCAUCGCAGAGAAGCACAGGUAGCAUUUCAGGAUUACCAUCCACAUCACCUGAGCCACCACAAACUGAAAACAGGUCACGGCAACCAUCAACCUCAUCAAAAGGGGAAAGUCCUGUGCCGAAAGUCCGAGCAGUACAUAGACAGCAGCAGUCACAGCAGGUCCAGUCACCAGUGGAGACUGCCACCAUGUCACCAGUUGAGAGGACAGCUGCUUGGGUUCUGAAUAAUGGACAGUACUUGGAAGAUGAUGAAACAGAUCAAAUCCGUGAGGAGAAUAAACAUGCAGAAAGGUAUGAACAGGAGAUUGCAAAGCUGAAGGAUCGGCUGAAGGUAUCAAGUAGGAGGCUGGAGGAGUAUGAGCGCCGCUUGCUUGCCCAGGAGCAGCAGAUGCAGAAGCUCCUGCUUGAGUACAAGUCCAGGCUAGAAGACAGUGAGGAUAGGCUACGAAGGCAGCAGGAGGAGAAGGACAGCCAGAUGAAAACAAUCAUCAGCAGAUUGAUGGCAGUGGAAGAAGAGCUGAAGAAAGACCACUCAGAAAUGCAGGCAGUGAUUGAUGCCAAACAGAAGAUUAUUGAAGCCCAGGUCAAUUGUGAGGAUGGGAUGAGCAUAACAGGAAAAACGAAUUGUCUCCUUGGACUCUGCCAACUCUCGGCUGAUGAAUGCUCUAACACAGGUCAAGGAACGUUACAGCAUGCAAACUCGGAAUGGGAUCUCUCCCACCAACCCCACCAAACUGUCAAUAACGGAGAACGGGGAGUUCAAGAACAGCAGCUGUUGAGUGGGAAUCCGGAUGUUUCUGACCAGAUGCACAUGGACUGAGCUUUCUGAAUUCACUCUUGAAGAGUUGUUCACAAGUGCUGCUAGGACUGUUUUUUCAUGCUUCAGAUCAUGAGAGAUUAUUCACAGGACAAUAUCAUCAUUGUGCACUCUGCAAAAGUCUUACUCCUCUGUGGAGAACUGUAUGAACAUGUACAGAAAUGAACUGUAAGAUUGUAUUGGGGUAAAUAAUUACUUGUAGAAUUUAAAGUAACUUUUUAAUUAUAUCUGUUAGAAUUUCUGCUCUGGAAGAUCUUGUAAAAGAAAGAGUAGAAAAUGGAACAGUUAUUUUACAAGAAGUGGAAUUUUCAAGUGUUGUUUAAUUUAGAGUUUAAAUUCUCUGGCUAGAGGGUGUAUAUAUCUAAAUGAGAAGCACAUAGAAUGGAGGUAGUCUGUAUAAAUGGUAGGAGUAUCUAAAGAGACUGGGACUUGGAUUGUUGUAUUGCAGGUUGGUUACGUUCACGGUAUAACAUGCUGUAUUAAUUGAGUUCCCAAUUUUGCAAGUGAGAUUUUAUGUGGCUGAAGAAUCUGACUUGAACAAAGCAAGCUAUAAAUCACAUUAUCUUAGAAAUGAUUCUGUUUUUAACUCACACUUUUAUCAAGUUGAACAAUAUUCAUCAACAUGACCAUUGAAGAAAUGUUUCAAAAAAACUUUUAUUUUACCAAACUAGUUUACUGUACAUAAUAAGAAGCUGCCUUGAGUGUGUUUGUGUGUGUGUGUGUAUGUGUGAGAAGGAGAAAGAGAGAUGACCAGUUUCUGUGGUUAUACAAAAGGUGGUUUCCUAAAAAAAAGCAAGUGAAUGUUGGAAAAUGAUGAUACUGCCGUACUGGACAAAGGGAACAGUAGUAAUGCAGAGCACGAACUUCAAGCACGCUUUUCUUUCUUAAACCCAUUCAUUUCCUGCAUGAAUCUCCCUGUUUUAACUCAAAGCAUCUUAUAACUUUAUUAGAGUAACAUUUUGCCAAAUUCGUACCUAACUAACCAAUUCGAAUGUCUACCAGAGCUGUUUUGUAGGAAUGUUAAAGCUGAAAUGUUGCCCUUCCCCUCCCUCUAACUGCGUUCAGAUUUCCAGCGAUUUCCGCUGUUGCUUUCGUUUAUUAAAGGUGUGAAGAUUGUGGGUUUAGUCCCAAACCAUUGACUCACUUUUGAUGAGACCUGUUGGAAUGGGAUAAAGAAAAUAAAAUAUUGUGCAAAAAUGAAA